UUUUAUAAUUUAUAAUUACCAAAAAAGGGGGAAAAAAAGAAAAAGGAGCUUCGGAAGGGACAAAAAGGCGAAGGGAGAAAAGAAGGCACAUUUUGUUUUUUGGGUUUUCUUUUUUCUGGAGGGGGAAGACGACGAGCGAUAUGUCGUCCGCGGCGGUCGCUGCUUCUUCCAGGAGGCAGUCGUGUUAUUUAUGCGACUUGCCCCGCAUGCCGUGGGCCAUGAUGUGGGAAUUUAACCCGGAGCGCGUCUGGCAGGGGAUGUGUCAGACCUACUGAAGGAGCCAGGACCGCAUUGAGUUGUCAUCGAAACGGCCCGGCAGCUCAAGAGGAGCGCACGGGUUUCAGGAGAGGCAGGUCUCCCCCGGCCCCGGUGGUCGCAGCUCCCCGGGGAAGGAGAUCCAGGCGAUCAAACCCACCGCUGCGAGCGGGAGACCGGGGCUCCGGCCCGCCCGCAGCCGCUGGAUUCCGUCCCGGCCGCCGCAGCCGCUGGACCGCUACCCGCUCUCCUCCGACCGCCCGCCCAGGCUGGGUCCAGAGUAUCAGUCUGGCAGGCAGGUGAACGGCAUCCCCGUCCCCAAUGGAUUUCCUAAGCCUGACGAGCCGCCGGAGCUGAACCGCCAGAGCCCCAACCCGCGCAGGAAUAGCACGGUCCCCCCGAAUCUAGUGCCUUUGGUUAACGGGAACAUGGCCCAGGUGCACGCCGUCAACGGCAGACCGGGACAGAUGGGGCUUCCCUCCGCACUGGCCGGCGGUAGCCCCGCCGACCUGGGCAAGAGACCCGCCUCGGUCUCCAGCACCGAGCACGACAGAGAGGUGAAGGAGAAGCACAGACCGGACAGUCUCACGCCGGAGAUCUCCGAGAGCCACAAAAACAGGGCAGACGCGGAGUGGAUGAACAAGUCCAAAGCCGGGAGGGACAUGCUGGUUCUGCAAACUUUCGACAGGUUCAAGAAGGACCAUGGGGCCAUGCCACCAAGGGGUAUGAACUACGAUACCAUCGCCACGGCUUCCAAGUCAGACAGAGGAAAACACCCCCGGAACAUGAAGAGAAAAGCAUCACCUGAACCAGAGGGAGAGGGGACAGCUGCCAAGCUCAAUGGAGAAGGACAGCAGUGGUUACCACCACCCAAUGACGGACUGAAAAUGCCUCCAGCUCCCCCGCCAAGUUUCGCCUCUCCACCCUCCCGCACCACUCCACCUGAGGCUACCCAGAACGGCCAGUCCCCCAUGGCUGCACUCAUCAUGGCGGCAGACAAUGCAGGUGGGAACAGCUCUCCUAAGGACACCAACCAAGUCCACUCCACCACCCGCAGGAACAGCAGCAGCCCCCUGUCCCCGUCCUCCAUGAAUCAGAGGAGGGUGGGGCCGAGAGAUGUGUCUGGCGCAGGUACCCCCCACGUGCCAGGCAUUGACCAAGUGCACCCCCAAAGCAUUCCGGACUCCUCUGUACCCGGCAGCAUACCCCUGUGCUGCACGCUGUGCCACGAGCGUUUGGAGGACACACACUUUGUUCAGUGCCCGUCUGUGCCCUCUCACAAGUUCUGCUUCCCGUGCUCGAGGGACAGCAUAAAGCAGCAAGGUGCCACGGGUGAAGUGUACUGUCCCAGUGGAGAGAAAUGUCCCCUGGUUGGCUCGAACGUACCAUGGGCUUUCAUGCAAGGAGAAAUCGCCACCAUCCUUGCAGGAGAUGUCAAAGUAAAAAAGGAGAGGGACCCUUGAUUUUGUUUUGAACACUUCUUUGGGGAAGGGGAAGCAAAAAUAUGAGUAUAAAUAUAUAAAUAUCACAUACAUACCAUUCAAACAAACUAACGGACUUGUACAUAUUGGACCCAAGGGAAGAGUAUACUUCGUAAACAUGGUUGUAUAAUUUUUGAUUUUUGAAUACAUUGUGUUUCUAUAUUUUUGAAGAUAAAGGUAUGUACUCAUUAUAAUGGACUACGUUCCUCUUUGUUGAUGUUUAACAAAAUUCUUGAUGUACUUCUAGGUCUGGUGGCAGUUCCUGUUUAACGUAGAAUGUGACUAAUGCUACUCUACGAGCACUUGGCAAAACUGAAAUGCUUUUAGCUGUACUUGUAUGCACUUGUUUAAAAAUUGCCAAAUACAAUUUCUGAUCUUGUAUGAA